AAUUUUAGUUAUGCAAUACACCCACUGAGAAUACACACACAUUUAUAUACAAAUAGAUUUUAUAAAGGCGUGAUCAGAUAUGGGCUGCAGACAAGGAGUUGCAGAGGAAGGCAACGCCGCCGUCUCCGACGUUUUGUUGCUCACCACAAUGUGCAUCGUCGGCCUUCCGGUUGAUGUUCAUGUGAAGGAUGGCUCUAUUUAUUCCGGUAUAUUCCACACUGCUUGUGUAGACAACAACUAUGCGAUUGUUUUGAAGAAAGCAACAAUGGUCAAGAAGGGGAGUAGGGAAGCAAAUGUAACUAGCGGAAAUGUCAUAGAGACGCUUGUGAUUCUAUCUGAAGAUCUGGCACAAGUUGUUGCUAAGGGUAUUACACUUCCCAGUGAUGGUAUCCCUGGACAUGUAAAGCGUGAUGACGGCGGAGCCGUAGUUGAUGAUAUUCAUUCCCCUGAGGAUGUAGAGAGGGAGACCAAGUCUUCAAAUCCUGAUGAGUCUAAUAGAAAAAGGAGGGCUCAAGAAAGAAAGAAUGAGGGGAGAUCGGACAGAAGGGAGAUCACUGCAUUUCAUCAAGGGCAAACUUAAUUGCAUUAUCUAAUGAUUUGCAGCGGCAAGAAGAUCAAGGCUCAAACCCACAAGUGCGUAUGUGCCAAUCUCACUGCAAUGCUUUCAAGGAAAGCUUGGGACAGUCACCUGUUAUUGCUUGUUCUGACACUCCCAUUGUGUCAUUGGCCAAACUUGAAAUUAAUCAAAAAUCUGGUAUUUCUCCAUCUGGUGUUCCAAAAGAAGGUACAUCUGUUUCAGAUGUUACGCCUUCUAAAGUUUUCCCCAGUUCAUCACAUUUUCAGACUGAUCUAGUGCCUCCAAGAAGUUCAACCUGCAACAAAUCUGCAAAGGAGUCUAAGCUCAACCCAGGGGCCAAGAUAUUCCGUCCAUCUCUUAUUCGCCAAAGAGCUGUUAACCCUCCUGCAAUGCAAACAAUGGCUUAUGUGCCUCAGUCAUGUCAUGUGGUACCAGUUGCUACUCCUGAAUCCGAAGUUGAAAUCGGUGCAUCUCUUCCUCCUCGGUCUUCUCUCCCUAUUAAGCUUUUCCAAUAUAACAGUUUGGUUGCAGGAAAUGGCAACAUUGAUGUACAGUAUGUCCAACCUGGAAUGGGAUACACUGGAAACAGAACAGUGCCUAGGUAUGGUAGUCAGUAUGAUCCACCUCUGGCUGGGACUGGGUAUAUGCAUCCUAUCACAGAAAAUGUCACAGUUGGACAUUUGGGGCCAGUUGUGUAUGUGCAUCCCGUUUCUCAUGGUGUUGUGCAGAGUACCUCAGGGUUAUCUCAAGUACCCUCAUGUACUUCGUUAAAUCCACUUCAGGUCAAUCUCGCUAAGCAUCAAGGAAAUACUGCGACACAAACAUUUCCACUGCGUGUGGCUCCUCCUUUCAUAGCAGGCGCACAGCAAACAUACACUCUGCCAAGCCAAGUUCGCCUUUCUCAUCCCUCGUUUCCAGUAAUGCGACUAGUGCAAAUCCCAGGAUCAAAUGGGGUUUUCAGCUCCAAAUUUGCAUGAUAUCAGCAACAGUAUUAGCAUCAUUGGCUAGCCGUGGUCUUUUUCUAUUGCUUAUGUUCAUUCACAAAUUUGGGCAAGUUUUUUUCCUUUUGAUUUUGCUCAUUACAGCUGUUAGCAUUUAUUCGUUUUCAUUGAUUGCUUGUAAAUUGAGUUUUGGCGGGAGCGAACUGGUAGUUUUAUGUUCAAGCAUAGAAGGGAAAGAUUUUAGUUGCCAGAGAAGGGUUUUAGUUUUGAAAUGGUUAGAGAGAGAUGCAUUACAGGAGUUUUUUCUGCUUUCCUUUGAAAUACUAAAGGUCAUCAAAUAAGAAUAUUUAUUGUUACACUUCCGGGAUGAAAUGUGUUUGUCAGGCACCUAUUUUCAC